UUCAUUUUCAGAUACAUAUAAGGCUGAAUAAAGACACCAUUCUCCGUUGCAGAUAUUCAACUCUCUUUUCAAAUUUUCUUGGUGGAGAGAAAUGGGAGAUGGGCUUUUUCACUUGCAGAUGUCUGAUCAGUCCGAGAUUGAUCCCAAAAAUGCUGCAAAUGUUGAACAGUUUGAUGAUGAUGGGAAGCCCAGAAGAACAGGGACCGUUUGGACGGCAACUGCACACGUAAUAACAGCAGUGAUAGGCUCGGGAGUUCUGUCCCUGGCAUGGGGAGUUGCUCAGCUGGGGUGGCUCGCCGGAGUUUCCACCAUUUUCAUCUUUAGCCUCAUCACUCUUUACACCAGCAAUCUCCUGGCCGACUGUUACCGGUCGCCGGAUCCAGUCUCCGGCGAAAGAAACUGCACAUAUGGAGAUGCUGUCAAGGCAAACCUGGGUGGGAAAAUGUUUCUGGCUUGUAGAGCUGUUCAAUUUGCAAUCCUCAUUGGGAUGUCCAUCGGCUAUACAAUCACUGCAUCAAUAAGCAUGGUGGCAAUACAGAAAUCAAAUUGCUACCACAUGAGGGGGCAUGAAGCUAAAUGCAAUUUUUCCCACAAUCCAUACAUGAUAGGGAUGGGAAUCCUUGAGAUUUUUCUCUCUCAAAUCCCAAAUUUUCACAAACUCUCAAUGCUAUCUAUUGUUGCAGCAAUCAUGUCCUUUGGGUACUCCCUCGUAGGAAUAGGACUUGCCUUUGCUAUGGUUGUCUCAGGAAAUGGAAAGAGAACUACCUUGACCGGGGUUGAAGUUGGGAUGAAUCUCUCUACAACCGACAAAACCUGGAGAAUGUUCACAGCAUUAGGCGACAUCGCACUCGCCUUCUCUUACUGUCAACUCCUAAUCGAAAUCCAAGACACAUUAAGCUCGGCCGAACCCGAGAACAAGGUGAUGAAGAAAGCCAACACCAUGGCUGUGUGUGCAACCUCGGCUUUCUACAUGAUGUGUGGCUGCUUCGGCUAUGCUGCGUUUGGAAACGAAGCAAGCGGCAACUUGCUCACAGGAUUCGGAUUCUACGACCCCUUUUGGCUCGUCAACUUGGCCAACAUUUUCAUCGUGGUGCACCUCGUGGGGGCGUACCAGGUCUUCGUACAGCCGGUGUACGACUCAUUUGAGUCGUGGGCCCGCCGGAGGUGGCCGGACUCCAGGUUCGUAACCGCGAACUACUCCAUUGUCAUAGGCAAGAAGAAGAAGAAGAAGCUGAAGUUGGAUACCAACCUCCUGAGGCUAACAUGGAGGACCGGGUUCGUGACAUUGGCGACGAUGACGGCGAUGGCGAUGCCUUUCUUCAACGACAUACUGGGGCUUCUGGGCGCCGUAGCGUACUGGCCGCUGACGGUUUUCUUCCCGGUGGCGAUGUUCGUCUCCCAGAAGAAGAUCCGGCGGUGGAGCCGCCGCUGGAUCGGGCUGCAGCUCAUAAACAUGGUGUGCUUUUUGGUGGCUUUGGCUGCAGCUUGUGGCUCCAUUCAAGGCCUCAACAAGGCUCUCCAUGCUUACAAGCCAUUUAAUGUCAAGGAUUAAGGGCAUGUUUGGCUAAGCGUUUCAAAUUGCAGCUUUUAAACUGUUUAGCUUUUAAGUAGUAUAAAAUUUUUAAAUUGGAUAGUGUUUAAACUGGUAAUAUGUUUAAAUA